CACCGGAAGACAAUUCACCUGCAACUUGACCAACACCGACCACACACUCACCCUCCUGCUGCUGCAUACAUACUUCCCUCCUACGAUAUUCCCAUAUCGUAUCCACCAGGAUACCCAGACACACAAUGCCAUACCUCCCCACCCCACAAUCCUACCUCGAGCAAUCCGCUCUCCUUCUCCAAGCAUAUCCUGAUGCGAGAAUAACAACGAAAUACACAUUCCCCUCCACCUCCUCGAAGACCCAUCCCACACCCUCAUCCCAAACCUCGUCCUCACAACCAGACGCACAAGCCGCGCCGCAAGACCCCAAACCCCGCAUCGCAACCCUCACCCUCAAGACCUUCCACCCCGAAUCGGGCAUCUGUCUCAAGUACCGGACCAACAAAGGUGCGGAGGUGGGGCGGUUGAUUUCUUCGUUGGGGAAGUUGGCGGCCGGGGUGGAUGUUGAGGGGUUAGGGUUGGGUGUGGCGGCUACUGCGGUGGGUGGGGGGGAUGUGGAGAUGGGGGAUGCGCCUGCU